GGCCUUCGGACAUAGAUGCAGACUUCUUUGGCAACAUGGUGUCAUGACCUCCCUCCUCCGCGCGGUGGUGCGAAAGAAGCGGGUCGUUGGUCUGAAGACCCCCACGGAGACCGCGGCCACCCCGGGAUUUUUGCACGAGGAGACAGUCGUGGUGAACUCUUUGCGCCAGGAUCAGGUCGUCAGAGGUGUGCCUGUCGCGCGUAUUGAUGAGCGGGGCCACGGAGUGGUGCACGUGCACGUGCGGCAGGACCAAGAGACCUUCACCUUCAACUAUCCUCGCACACUGCCAGGGGAGAAGCUGAAUCUCCGAGUGGGCCUCGCGAAGAAAGACCGCUUCAAUAAAAAGGAGGCGGGCUCCUACCGCCUGGCCAUUGAUGAGCGGACCGCGGCCUCGGUGGAUGAAGUCACGCCUCGGUGCCCGCACUUCCGCCAAGAAUGCGGGGGCUGCGCCUUUCAGAGCUUGAGCUAUGAGGCGCAGCUCCGGGAGAAAGAAAAGUUGCUGAAUCUGUUGAUGGAGCAGUUUGAGUUACCUUUUCUGGCGGUGGACAUGGUGCCUUCUACACCCUACGGCUGGCACGCGCGCACAGAGUUCACUAUCUUUCUCCGAGAUGGGCUACAGCUGGGCCUUCAUCCAGAGGGAAGCCCCAUCCCCAUCGCUCUGUCACAGUGCCACCUGCACCCCGAGGAGUCCCAGGCCGCUUUCCUGGCGCUGCGCGCUGCUUUGCGCCAUGCAAACUGCGAGCCCUUCGACGAGCGCACAGGCCGGGGCUACCUGCGGUCCCUGGUGCUGCGCUCCGCAGGGACAGGCGGCUCGAAGGAAGUGCUGGCAACCUUCGUGACGCUGCCCGAGGCUCCAGAGGAGCGGCUGGCCCACGCAGCGCGGCUUGCCGUGGAGGAAAGCGAGUCGCUGAAGGGCGUGACCUGGUCCAAGGAGGGUGGCGAAGGAGAGCGCAGUCCGGGGUGGCGGGCGGUGGGCCAGCAGAGCCAUGAACUUUUGGCCGGCAGGCCGUACCUCCUUUACGACUUUCUGGACAUGCAGCUCCACCUUUCCCCGGAGGCCUUUUUAAGGCCGAACAUCUUCCUCGCAGAGGAAGUGGCGAAGAGUGCCCUGGAAAUGAGUGGCGCGUGCGAGGGCGACAUGGUGUGGGAUGCCUUCUCCGGGCAAGGCUUGCUAUCCCUGCCGCUGCUGCGGUUGGGCUGCCGCGUGUUGGCCCUGGACCGGUCCUUGCCGGCUUUGCAGGCAGUGCUGCGCCAUGCCCAGCUUGCGGCGCCCGGCCAGGAUGCAAGAAUAUUUUGCGGGGACCUCGGGGUGCCUGCCUUCCUUCAACGUUUGGCCGCCGCUGCGCGCGGCGAGCCACCAAAAAUUCUGCUGGUGGACCCGGGGCGCAACGGCAUGCCCAAGGUCUUUCGACGCUUCCUGUUGGAACUACAAGCGCCGCGGCUUUUGUUCCUCAGCGGAGGGCGGGUGAUGGCGCGGGACUUGGCGUGGCUCCUGAAGCGGGGCUACCAGCUCCACAGCCUCAAGGCCUUUGACCUGCAGCCACACUCGGCCAAGCUGUCGGUGCUUGCCAAGUUGGAGUGGAGCGAGUAGAAAGGAGU